AUGGCGAUGGCGUUCGAAGCGCUUGAGGCGCGCGCGAGGCGCGCGCGAGAGCGCGAGACUGGGUCGUCGUCGUCGGACGGCGAGCGGGCGCGGGCGAACGCGUCGGAGGCGACGCGGAGGUUGGAAGAAUUAGAGGAUAGGUUACGCUCGGCGACGACGACGCUGCGCGCGACGCACGAGGAGCUCGAGCGCGAGCGCAAGAGAUGCGCCGAGCUCGACGCGGCGCUGGCGCGCGCGCGAGAUUCGACGACGGCGGCGUUCGGGGAAAAGAUUCAGACGACGCGCGAGCUCGCGGAAGCCGUCGCGGCGCUCGAGGGGGAAAAGGCGGACGCGAUGCACGAGAGGGCGAGACUUUUAGAGCGCAUGGACGCGCUGGAGCGAGAUGGCGUCGUGGACGGCGCGGUCAUGAACGAAAAUCUCAGGAUCGAGCUCGCAAACGAACGAGCGAAGCGCGGCGAUUUGGAGGAAGCUCUGACGGAUCUCAAGCUCGCGAGCGACGCGUCGAUGGAACUCUCGGUGGCGCUUCGACAAGAAGUCGAGGCGCUCAGAAGUUCGGGCGCGCAACCCAGCGUCUCGCUCAUCAACAUCGAGCCGACGGACGAGAUCCCUCCGCGCGCCGCGAGCGCCAUCGAGGCGCAUUUAAUCUGGCGUCGCCGCGACGCCCGAAACGAGCCCGGCGACGCCUCGAGCGAUUGGGUCAAAGCCGAAUCCAUCGUCACCGACCGUCUCGCUCGCGCCGACGGCGCGCGUGUCGUGUACUGGGCGUACUUGAACGCCCUCGCCGAGCUUCUCCGCGUCGGUGACGUCGCCGCCUUCGACCAAACCUCCUGGCGCGCGCUCGGCGAUUUCGUCGCUCGCGUCCUCGCGGCGUCCCGCGCGUCGUCGUCGUGA